AACCGCGUUUUCUCCUGGCUGAUAGGAUAAACACAAAAGCCCGAUGAGGCCGCAUGCUGACUCGCCAUGGCUUCCCAAACGGGUCCGAGGGGUGCCGUUCAACCGCAAGGCCUACUCACGAAAUAUAACGUUUGGGGGCCAUCUCCCUUUCUCUUUUUCACUUUUCAAUUCUUACCUAGCUCAGAUUGCUGAUCCAUUCUUUCGUUUCUUGUUCUUUCACCGUCGUCCUCCUCUUCUUUUUCCCCCCUAACUGGGGUGGUUAAAUAAUUUAGGAUUCAGGACAGAGAUUGCCAAAAUGCUGUUCUUUCCAUUCUUACUCCUCUUAUUCCAUGUACUUCAUGUGCAAGGCCUCGAAGUUUCCAACAAUUCAGCAUGCGCUGAUAUCUGCGGCGGCGGCUCAACAUUCUCCUCUGACCUUGUCUGCGCCGACACUGACUACGAUAAUACCAGUCAGGGCAAGGCGAUGCGCCAAUGUUUACAAUGCGAGGGCAACAGUACCGCUUACGAAGGCCCCUGGGACAAUGAUAUUUAUUGGUUUUUAUUCAAUAUGAAAUACACUGCUCAAGAAUGCCUUUUCGGAGGCAACAGCAGCCCCCAACUAACUGCUUGCAACGCAACCUGUACCCCGCUCAAGAAAACUCUAUUGACAUUAUGGCUCCUACCUCCUCGCCCGCCACUAUACGAUUAUUGUAGCGUCGACAAUGGCGCUUUUAUCCAUUACGGAGGCGGAUGCGCAAAUUGCUUAGAAAACACACUAGGCAGUGUGAUUUUAGGAAAUUUCCUCAGUACCAUGCUCUCAGCAUGUGGCAAUCAACCUAAUGCAUCCAAGAGCGAAACCAUCAGUAUACCCCGCAAGUUAUUCAUGACCGCUACUCUCGGGAACGUUCCUACAUCCUCAUCUUCGGCAUCAUCUGCAUUGGCUUCAACGUCCGCGUCAACAACAUCAACCUCCAGCCCCACCACAUCAUCUUCUCCCUCUUCAUCGCCUUCUUCGGGUCUCAGCACAGGCGCCAAAGCGGGCAUAGGCGCAGGCAUUGGUGCCGGAGCCGUUGUGGCCCUCGCUGCGAUCGGUGUCUUCUUCUUCGUCGUCCGGCCGCGCCGCAGACGCCAGGCUGAAGGUGGCGAAUAUGCCAUUGCGCCUCAGACUGGCUCGCCUCCAACUGGUCCCUACGAGAUAGAGGCCAAAGAAGGUAGCCCAGGGAAAUUAGGGGAACACAAUUCCGCGGUCGAGUUGCAGUCCAGGGCGGUCCACGAGGCUGAUGGAACAACCCAGAUGGCUGAAUUGCCUGCUGAUAAUCAUUGAUUGACGGUCUUCAUACCUAAAUCUGUUCUUCUUUUCUCAAUUUUUAUUCUCCUCUUUUUUCUUUUCCGUUUCAUUUAUUCCCCCCAAACCAAACCUUUUGAGAUUGAUCACGAAGGAACUGAUUUCGAAUUAUUGUCUGCAUUUCAUUACUUCCAUUUAUGGCCAUGCAUUUUGAGGAUUGUAUGCACAAUUGUCACUAGUGUCGAGCGUUGCACUGUCAGCGUUAAAGCGUCAAUGUCGCCUUGAGGGUCUCCCUGUUAGUAUCUUUAGCAUUUAUCCCAUGACGGUGAUAUGGACGUUGGGAUGUAAUAAAUUUGUGUACUCUAUAGAAUCAAAGAAGACAAAAGAAAAAUUGGGUAUCGUGUUUCAUGUACAAGUCAAGUGGCCUUAUUUUGGGCCUAGUAUUUAGCUUGCCACUUCCAUUUUCUCGCCGCUCUUGCGUGCGGGCUCAGACU